AUCCAAAGAAAAAAUAUUAUAAGCUCUAUUGUCUAGUUGAAGAGCUUCAAAAGAAGAUUUAGAAGAGAAUAAGGGAAAUGGGUUGUGCUUAUCUCAACAUGCGAGGAUUCAUGAGAGCAAUGUUUCUUAUGUUAUGUGCUCUGAUGAUACUGCCAGAGCUAACACAUGCAAAGCAUGCAAGAGUAACUAGGCACUACAAGUUUAACAUUAAAAUGCAAAACUUCACAAGGCUUUGCCAAACAAAGAGCAUUGUAACUGUCAACGGACAAUUUCCUGGUCCUAGAAUUAUAGCAAGGGAAGGCGAUAGAAUUGUGGUCAAAGUAGUUAACCACGUUCAGUACAAUGUUACCCUUCAUUGGCAUGGAAUUCGCCAACUGAAAAGUGCAUGGGCUGAUGGACCUGCCUAUAUCACACAGUGUCCAAUUCAGACAGGCCAAACUUAUGUGUACAACUUCAGAGUCAUUGGCCAAAGAGGAACAUUAUGGUGGCAUGCACAUAUCUCAUGGCUUAGAACAACUCUUUAUGGUCCAAUUGUCAUUCUUCCCAAAAGACACGUUCCUUACCCCUUCACUCAACCCUUCAAAGAAGUGCCCAUCAUAUUGGGGGAGUGGUGGAAAGCAGACACAGAAGCUAUUAUAAACCAAGCAAUGCAAACAGGAUUGGCACCAAAUGUCUCAGAUGCUCACACCAUUAAUGGCCUUCCAGGUCCUGUCUCCAACUGCUCAGCCAAAGAUACUUUCAAGCUCAAGGUGAAGCCUGGAAAAACAUAUUUGCUUCGUCUGAUCAAUGCUGCACUUAAUGAUGAGAUGUUCUUCAGCAUAGCCAACCACACCCUCACUAUGGUUGAAGCUGAUGCAGUGUAUGUGAAGCCCUUCAGCACCAACAUUGUUCUGAUUACACCUGGUCAAACAGUCAACGUCCUUCUCAAGGCCAAAUCCAAGGCUCCAAAUGCCACAUUUGCCAUAUCUACAAGGCCCUAUGCUACAGGUCCAGCUGCUUUUGAUAACACCACAGCCACAGGGUUCCUUGAGUACAAGAAGAAAUCUUCACUCUCAAGCAACAAAUCAAACACCAAGAAUCUUCCUCUUCUUAGACCAGCCUUUCCCAAAUUCAAUGACACUGUCUUUGCAAUGAACUUCCACAACAAGGUUCGCAGCUUGGCCAAUGCAAGAUUCCCUGCUAAAGUUCCAAAAACUGUGGACAGACACUUUUUCUUCACUGUUGGCUUAGGAAUCAGCCAAUGCUCAAAAAAGGAACAAUGCCAAGGGCCUAAUAACACAAGGGUAGCUGCUGCAGUUAACAAUGUGACAUUUGUGACACCAAACAUUGCAUUACUUCAAGCACAUUUUUUCAACAAGUCCAAGGGAGUAUACACCACUGAUUUCCCAGCUAACCCUCCUUUCAAGUUCAACUACACUGGCACUCCACCAAGCAACAUCAUGGUGAGUAGUGGGACCAAGGCUGUGGUGUUGCCAUUCAACACCAGUGUGGAGUUGGUCCUGCAGGACACAAGCAUUAUUGGAGCUGAGAGUCACCCUCUUCACCUUCAUGGCUUUAACUUCUUCAUUGUUGGUCAAGGCAAUGGAAACUUUGACCCCAAGAAGGACCCCAAAAAGUUCAACCUGGUUGACCCUGCUGAGAGGAACACUGCUGGUGUGCCAUCUGGAGGCUGGGUUGCUUUGCGCUUUCUUGCAGACAAUCCAGGUGUUUGGUUCAUGCAUUGCCACCUUGAAGUGCAUACAAGUUGGGGUUUGAAAAUGGCAUGGAUAGUCCAAGAUGGAAAACGGCGCAAUCAGAAGCUGCCACCUCCACCCUCUGAUCUUCCCAAAUGUUGAAAAUAGCGAUACCUUCAUGUUUUUGUUUUUCUUUGUCAACUUUUGGGGUUAGAUUUGGAAGUAUUGCUCCAGCUUAUGGUUUUCAAUUUUGUUUACAUCCUUUCCUUUUUCUCUAAAUUUUGGGAUUACUUUCCUCUGUAGCCAAAAAAAGAAUGUUUGGGCAAUUAGAUUGUUAUGGUUGUUUCAGUUCUUAUGGGGUCACUCUAGUUAGAAAAACUAUGAGUGGAAAGAGUUGUAUGUAGGCUACAUAUUCAAUAUCUAUUUUGAAUUGUAAUACAUUAUCUUUUGCCAGAUAUGGUAAUAUGAUUAUGAAA